CCAUCAUAGUGGUUGAAUUUCGAAUCAGUUGGCUUGUACAUUCCUAACUCAUUGGGCAUGCCUUUUGGACCUUCAAAGGUAAGGUGUUGCUGCCUUUUUUUAUUUUGGCGAAACUAAACAAAAUUAAUGAAAGUAAAAAAAAAAAAAAAGAGAUCAGUCCCACUAAUUUCAUAGCUUAUCUUAUCAUUUUUAUAGCCGCUGGAUGAUGAAAGACUUGGCGAUAUAAAGGCCCGGUUAUAUGAGAUCCUUGAAAGACAUAGUUUACCCUUUGCUCAAAUUUGGAUUCCUUUUUCUCUACCUUCCUCUUUGAAAGUCUUGUAUCGUGUUGUUGGCUCAAUCAAUGAAGGUCCGAAAUCAAUGUAUUAUGAGUUUGAAUAUUCUUCUGAGGUCUGUUUUAUUGAGAGUGGCAAGGCAUUGGUUGGGAGGGCAUUUGCAUCCCAAGGUUCAUGCUUUUGCAAAGAUGUUACUAUAUUAAGCAUCAAAGAGUACCCUUUGGUGCCUAGUGCACGAAAAGCUAGAUUCACUCAGAGUUUUGCAAUUUGUUUGCAAAGUAAAUGCGCCAACAAUAUUAUUUGCGUAAUUGAGUACUUUCUGCCACCCAACGAAAUGGUUGUUAGAGAUACAAAGACUUUCUUAAACAUGCUUUUAUCCACAAUGAAAGAGCAACUUCCAGGUUUUGUAGUUGCUCCUGGAAAUGAACUAGGGCAGAGGAUGCUCGUUGAAGUUAUUAAAGUUUCCCCGAGUGAUGAAUUUGACUCCUUUGAAAUUGGCCAACCUCUGCUGAGUGUUCAAUCACUUCAGAAUGGAGGAGAAGCAACAGAUAUUGAUUCUUUCUGUCAACAGUCAAAUUUACAGAAGGAGAAUAAUGUUGCUGCUGCACUACUGGUUCCUUCCUGUUCAUCACACAAGCGCGACUCACUCAACUGUGAAAGGACAGUGGAAGGUGAUCCGUUACUUCCUCAUCCAAUAGGGGAAGCUAUGACAAACAGAGGAAAAGUAAACUUGGAUGUAGCACAUGAUGACCAUAUUGAGGAUACAACUGAAAUAAUGCAACCUGAUUCACACUUUGAGCAACCAAAUUUUGAAACUAAUUCUACAAGAAAUGCAACAACUAACAACGAGAUGAUUCAUUCACAUAAGAAAAACGUAAUACAAAGGAUAGAAAAAGAUCAUGGGAUUACUCGCAAGAUGCUGGAGCAGCAUGAUGGCAUGACUCUUGAAGAUGCUGCGAAAGAUCUAGGUGUUAGUGCAUCAACACUGAAACGGAUAUGUAGAUAAUAUGAAAUCUCUAGAUGGCCAAAUCAUAAGACUAGAAAGGUUAAUGUCCAUGUUAGCCAAGGCGUAUCUUUUCAAGGUGCUGAACCAUAUGUGGGCGAUCAACAAUGUCCUGCUCUUUCCCAAGAAAUAGGCACCG